GCCAUAUUUGUUUACAAGAAGGCACAUGAAAAUAUAAAGUGUUUUUCUGCCGUUUUCUACUUCAUCUGAGCUAAAAUCGAUGAUGGUUUGAUAAAAAAUAACAACUAAAGGAACAAGUUAUACUUUUCCCGCAAGUUGCAGUUGAGCUUAGUUUAGUGGCCAGGUACGAGAAAUACAUAACGAAACGGAACGAACAUAGGUCCACCAAGUAUAGGCAACGAUGGGGAAUACACAAGGCGGCACACAAAAACGACAUUCCUCUGGGGAUGACACCGCACCGUCAAUGUUGGGCAUCGGAGGAGAGGAUGAUUCAUUUACCCGGAGAAACCGCAUAAUUUACCAGCCUCCGUCACUUGAUGAUCAAGAUACAUUAUCACCAGGAGUUCUUACGGCUAUGGAGAUCAGCGAUGCUGACUUUGAACCAUUUGCCAGGCCCAGAGCAAGCACAAUCACAUCCCACGCUGAUAUUCAACCCACAAAGCUUCCCACAGUUUUCAAGUGGGAGGGAGGGGGCAAGGACGUUUAUCUCUCUGGAAGUUACGAUGGCUGGAAAACUAAAAUUCCGAUGGUUAAGAGUCACGGGGAUUUCUACCAGAUUCUUGAACUGCCCGAAGGUGACCAUCAGUACAAGUUCUAUGUUGAUGGCGCUUGGAAGCAUGACAACACAAGGCCAUUAAUUCCCAAUAACCUUGGCAGCCAUAACAACCUUAUAAACGUAAAGCAGUCAGAUUUUGAAGUUUUCGAGGCUCUUGCAGUGGACAGUAGUGCAGCUGAAAAAAAGAUGACAUCAUCUUCCCGAGAACGAGAGACUCUCUCUGGCUCGCCCCCUGGGGACUACAAUCAGAUUAUACCUCAGAGAAGACCGGAUCACAAGCACACAGGACCCCCUAUUCUACCCCCUCAUCUACUGCAAGUUAUACUGAAUAAGGAUACACCUGCUCAUUGUGAACCUACACUCUUACCAGAGCCAAACCACGUCAUGUUAAACCAUUUAUAUGCUCUGUCUAUCAAGGAUGGUGUUAUGGUCCUUAGUGCCACCCAUAGAUACAGGAAGAAAUAUGUCACAACUCUGCUUUACAAGCCAAUUUAAUUGCAGUACAGAGGAAAGAUCAGGUCAACACUAACUAAGCUAUAUAAUAACGAUUACUAGCCAUGAACUAGAAAGACUAAGGAUAACAAGCAGAAUACUAGGAAUUAAUAUGAAAACUAGUGAAUACUAGUAAAACUAGUAAUUACUACACUAAUUAGUACCAAAAUUAGUUGAUCAAUGAGUACAUAAACUAGAUUUAAGUUCCUAAACUAGUAAUUACUAGAAAUUGGUACCAAAUCCAGUAAUGAAUAGUAAAUACAUGUAGUACCAAACUAAGUAUUACUAAGUAUAAAAUCUAGAAAUUAGUACUGAAACUAGUUAUUACUGUACCAGAUUAAUAUGGAAACUAGUAAUGAGUACCAAUUAGUACUACAACUAGUUAUUACUAUGUAUUAUUAGUACCAAAACUAGUAAUUAUUUUUGAAAAGCAGCAAAUAUGAACAGUCUGUUUUGCUAUCUUUUUAGUUUAGUGAAAGGACACUAUGUGCUAAUAUUUAUUUGCCAUAAUUGUUAAAAGGAGCCCAUUGAUGAACUGCAACGGGACGAAGCAUAUCCAUAUAUAAGUGUAUCAUCGUCAUCCUCCGAUCACAGGGCUUC